AUGGCUUUCAAUUUGGCGCGCUACUUUGGCUACAAAGGAUCGAGCCAGAAGGGAGCACUCGACACACUGCUCAAGGUUCCCGCCGUGCAACUCGCUAAACAUCAACGAAAGGCCCUCGAUCCAGCAGCAAAGCACAACGAUCUGGUGUUUGUAUUCCUUCCGGUGGUGGAACAAACGCUCACCAAUGACAGCAUCAUCACACAGGAACCGGAACAGAUUUUGAAAACGUACGACACGCUGCAGAUACCGCUGUUGGAAGGAUGCAACGAUGGUGAGGGUAUUCUUGGACUCUUCAUCAUCCGGAACCAGUUGGACGGGAUCGCUCAACUUCCAAACCGUUUGGCAUCGAAGAUGUUUCGUGCUCUCCCAAAGGAUGAAAUUUCGCGAAUCAGUGAACGGAUCAAGCGAUUCUACUUUGGUGAUCAACCGGCCGAUCGUUGGGACCGAGAGCAGCUAAAACAUCUUCUCUCGGAUAUGAUUUUCAUGACUGAUUCCUGGCUCAACGCUGAAUGGGUGGCACGAUAUCAACCCCAUUUGCGCCACUAUCACUAUCGUUUCACGUACGACGGACGAUUCAGUAUUCUCAAGCGGUUUUACCGCAAUUCAAGCACGCCCGGUGCCUGUCAUGGUGACGAGUUGAUGUACAUGUUCUGGUAA